UACGUCCUGCGACUCGGCACUCGCCCCUUGCCGCGUCAUUCGCGCUUCGACCGUCGAGCUGACACCACGUCUCCCGCCGCACGAAACAUGGAGAGCCGUUGGUGGUGGUCCCUGGUGGUACUGGUGGUGGCCUGCAGCAUGGUGGUAGCUGACGGCGAGGUGUGGGAGGAGGACAAAGACAUCCUCGUAAGGAACGAGAGGGGAGCUAAAAAUAGAGAGACGUGUCGCUAUGUCAGAGGCUCUUGGUCAGAUUGUGACGCCAAGACGAACAUUCGUUCACGGACUCUGACUUUGAAGAAAGGUGACCCUGCCAGCUGCGAACGUACUAAGACCAUCCAGAAGAAAUGCAAAAAAGCCUGCCGCUAUGAGAAGUCGUCUUGGAGCGAAUGCAGCCCCAACGGUGAAAUGUCCAGGACUGACAUGCUGAAGGCUAAUAGCGACCCCACUUGUGACCAGAGUAGGCGCAUCACAAAGAAGUGCAACAAGAACAAACAGGUCAAAGCCAGCAAAGAAAAGGGUCGCCGAAAUCGUCAGUAAAUCAUCACUGAUGAUCUACUUAUAGAUAAUGAUCACGUUUAAUUAUAAUUAUAAGUGUUUGUUCAAUGGUUCUUAUUUAUGUAAUAGUGUCAAAAUAGUCAAUGGUAUUUUGAUUUUACAUUGAUACUGAUACUCUAAUAUAUAGAAAUAUUAGCAAACGAUGUUAACAGUACAAUUUGUCUUUGAAAUGUAUUCUAAUUAAGAUCUAGCUACAAUUUCUUUUUACUAUCUGUAAGAAUCUUUGAUAAUAUUAAAAUAUAAUUGAGUACUUAAA